GCCUGUCGGUUCGGCAGCAGCCUCCGUUUCCAUCUACCUGUGCAGAGCAUCCAGAGACGCCUUCGCCUCUCAGUACAGACGCACUGCAGCACGCAGAGAGAGAGGAGCCGAUUCUUGGAACAAGCUGAUGAAGUCAGUUCGUCCAGCUUCAGCUGAAAUGCUGCUUAGAAGAACCAGUUAUGUCCAGAUCCUCCUACUUCUUUGUGCAGUUUGUCGUCUUACUCCGGCUUUUCCCACCCAGACUCCACCUUCAUAUGAUGAGGCGCUACGGCUUCAAGUGAGCAUCCCCCACUCAGGUCCAGUUCUUGCCUCGUUGGGCAGCUCCAUCUCCAUGCCCUGCUUGAUGUCUCUGUCCUCCAUUCCCACCUCCACCUCUUCCACCCCUGUGGUACCACGGAUAAAGUGGACAGUGGUGUCUGGUGGGGUAGAGACACAGAUCUUAGUAGCACGGGGUCAAAGGGUGAAGAUUAACGAAGCAUACAGAAACCGUGCUGCAUUGUAUAACUACACCUCCUCCCUCGAUGACCUAUCUCUGUGGUUGGGAGAUUUACGCCAUACUGACUCGGGUCACUAUCGUUGUGAGGUGCAACGGGGGCUAGAAGAUGCUAGCGACCAUAUUCAGCUCAAAGUCAAAGGUGUUGUGUUCCACUACAGAGAUGCUUUCGGCCGGUAUGCCUUCUCCUUCCAGCAGGCUCAGGGAGCUUGUGAGGCCAUUGGUGCACAGAUUGCGACUCCUGACCAGCUGCUGGCGGCUUAUAAUGAUGGAUACGAACAGUGUGACGCAGGCUGGCUGGCAGACCAGUCCGUCAGGUACCCAAUCCAGAUGCCCCGUGAAGCUUGCUACGGAGACAUGGAUGGGCAACCAGGAGUGAGAAACUAUGGGACAAUGGAUGCAGAAAAUCUGUUUGAUGUUUACUGUUUUAUAGAACAAAUUAAUGGAGAGGUGUUCCACGACUCCGUCCCACAACAUUUAUCAUUUGAGGAGGCAAAGUCAUAUUGCAAGGCUGCAGGAGCAGAGCUAGCUACAACAGCACAGUUAUACUCAGCAUGGAGUGAAGGACUUGACCAUUGCAGUCCCGGCUGGCUGUCUGACGGCAGCGUACGCUACCCUAUUAUAAACCCUAGAGAGCGCUGUGGUGGUCCCCAGGCAGGUGUCAAGACCCUUUACCGCUUCAGCAACCAGACUGGUUUCCCAGAGCCUUCCAGUCUUCAUGAUGUUUAUUGUUUCAGAGAAAACAGAAGAACCUCCAGUGACCCUCCAAUGGACUACAUGACCACAGAACCUGAAGAAAGUGCACAUAAUGUUGUUAUUCUAAUGGAAAAUGACCAGGAACUUCAAUUGAAUCAACAAUCAGAACAGGUGGAGCGAGAAGCCCAAAGUAUACUUGAAUCUCUACCCUUUUUCUCUGUCUCUAUUACUCCAAAAACCUCAGAUGACACAACCUCAACAGUAAUUGCAGACACAACAGAUUCUCCUGCCAGCACAACAUCUGCUGUGGACCAACUUCAUCCUUUUAACAAAACUUCAGAAAUGAGUCACUCCCUGCAUCCUACAGCAGUGAACAGUACCAUCACUAGCACAGAAACUUACAAUCACAUUCAAAAUACAUCCUUCUUACCCAGUGUUCACAAUGAGACAGAUUCCCACCAGAACUUGAGCUUUACCUUUCAAUCUGGACUUGAAAGAACUACAAGCGAACCUCACACACAGAACCAGCCAGUGCCAGACACAAACCUUCUGGAGACCCCCCAACCAUCUGCGAAGCCGAGGCAGCUCCACGACAUACAUGAGACUAGCUUAAAUUUCAGCAGAGCACAAGCCAAUUACAGUGAAACAGACAGCAAUCAUACUCAGGAUGCAGGUUUCUGGGAGGCAGCCACGUUGAGUAUUGACUCCAUGCUUCAGGUGAAGUUAGGUGAAGCGGCAGUAGAAGAUCCUCUGCAGAAGCCUCUCACCACUCAGACCUCAAAAGAAGGAACAACUCCUACAGAAGUAGCCCAAAUGGUUGAAUCAGCCACUGAGGCAUUAACCUCACUGUGGCCCAACAUGGAUGGGUCAGGAGAUAUUUCCAAAGAGAGAGACUUUCAAGUGGAUGGAGCCACCUUCCUCUCUUCAUCACCAUCUUAUGCUGCUAGCUUCAUGACUCACCCAUCUCCUUCUGCUAUGGCUAGCAGUGCUCCAAUCACAUAUCAAACUGAUGCUCCAGAUCCCACUCUAAUGUCUGGGUCACAUCAUCUGGAAAAAGUAGACUUCGAUAAUGCUACAGUACCACAGUUUGGGGAGUUCUCCAUUUCCAGACAGGAAGGAAGUACAAGCUUAGAAAUGGAAGACACUUUAAAUAUGGAAAAUGAGGAAAAACAACUUUAUGCAACUCAGUCUGUUGACCAGGCAGUUUCUGAAGCAAGUUUCCCUAUCAGCGAGUUUCCAGAGGGUUUGAACAACUCUUAUUCCCAUACUGAAUUCAUGACAGCACAGUCCAAAACAUCAGGUUACAGAGUGAAUUUAGAUACUGUGACCAGCUCUUAUGAAGAAGCAAGCGGAUAUGAACCUGAAACAGUUAGUUCCACUUAUAGAGAUGACAUUCAAGUUUCUCCAGCCAUUAAAAAUGAAACAGUAGUUUCCCCAGUCAUUAUACAGGAAUCCAAUGUUUCAUUUUCACUGGGAAAAGAGGUUAAAAUUGCUCCAACCCUUUUCAUUGAAGAAGAAGCUAAAGUUGUACCAACCCUUAUCAUUGAAGAAGAAGCUAAAGUUGCACCAACCCUUGUCACUGAAAAAGAAGCUAAAGUUGUAUCAACCCUUAUCAUUGAAGAAGAAGCUAAAGUUGCACCAACCCUUGUCAUUGAAGAAGAAGAAGAAAAAGUUGUACCAACCCUUGUCGUUGAAGAAGAAGCUAAAGUUGCACCAACCCUUGUCAUUGAAGAAGAAGCUAAAGUUGUACCAACCCUUAUCAUUGAAGAAGAAGAAGAAAAAGUUGCACCAACCCUUGUCGUUGAAGAAGAAGCUAAAGUUGCACCAACCCUUGUCGUUGAAGAAGAAGCUAAAGUUGCACCAACCCUUGUCAUUGAAGAAGAAGAAGAAAAAGUUGUACCAACCCUUGUCGUUGAAGAAGAAGCUAAAGUUGCACCAACCCUUGUCAUUGAAGAAGAAGCUAAAGUUGUACCAACCCUUAUCAUUGAAGAAGAAGAAGAAAAAGUUGCACCAACCCUUGUCAUUGAAGAAGAAGCUAAAGUUGUACCAACCCUUAUCAUUGAAGAAGAAGAAGAAAAAGUUGCACCAACCCUUGUUGUUGAAGAAGAAGCUAAAGUUGUACCAACCCUUAUCAUUGAAGAAGAAGAAGAAAAAGUUGCACCAACCCUUGUCGUUGAAGAAGAAGCUAAAGUUGUACCAACCCUUGUCAUUGAAGAAGAAGCUAAAGUUGCACCAACCCUUGUCACUGAAGAAGAAGAAGAAAAAGUUGCACCAACCCUUGUCAUUGAAGAAGAAGCUAAAGUUGCACCAACCCUUUCCUUUAAAGAAACUAAAGUUGCACCAACCCUUGUCGUUGAAGAAGAAGCUAAAGUUGCACCAACCCUUGUUAUUGAAGAAGAAGAAGAAAAAGUUGCACCAACCCUUGUCGUUGAAGAAGAAGCUAAAGUUGUACCAACCCUUGUCAUUGAAGAAGAAGAAGAAAAAGUUGCACCAAACCUUGUCGUUGAAGAAGAAGCUAAAGUUGCACCAACCCUUGUCAUUGAAGAAGAAGAAGAAAAAGUUGCACCAACCCUUGUCGUUGAAGAAGAAGCUAAAGUUGUACCAACCCUUGUCAUUGAAGAAGAAGAAGAAAAAGUUGCACCAAACCUUGUCGUUGAAGAAGAAGCUAAAGUUGCACCAACCCUUGUCUUUAAAGAAACUAAAGUUGCACCAACCCUUGUCAUUGAAGAAGAAGCUAAAGUUGUACCAACCCUUUCCUUUAAAGAAACUAAAGUUGCACCAACCCUUGUCGUUGAAGAAGAAGCUAAAGUUUUUGAAGAAGCUAAAUUUAAUCAAACCUUUGAUCAUAAAGAGGAUGCUAAAGCUUCUACAUCCCUUGUCCUUGAAGGAGAGGAUAAAAUUCCCCAAGGACUCGAUUAUGAAGAGGAAGUUAAUGGUGCUGCACCAUUUGAGGACGUUAUCAUAUCCCCUUCCGAUUCUCAAACAUCUAAGUGGGCUCUGCUUACCACCACUACUAGACCCCAAAUGGCUUUGAAGGAUGUUGAGUUCAGCCAAAAAAUGUCAUCCACACCACCUUCACAUUCUUCCACAAAGCCAACAGUUGCUCCCACGGAGGAAACCUCCAUCUCCUUCACCAGCACCACCCACUGGUCCAGACGCACCUGGAGCCCGACCACCACAACACACAAAGUAUUCCACAAGACAGCUGAACCACAGAAGGUGACUCAUGUCAUACCACCGGUGGAUCACGGUCUGGCUGAUGUUGAGAUUAGCCUCACCCAGCCGCCUACCCUGCUUAUCUUGCCCAAUGAGAGGGCAGCAGUAGGAGGCACAGGGAAAUCUUCAGAUGCCUGCCUGGAUAACCCUUGUCUCAAUGGAGGCACCUGCACCGAGUGGAAUGGGAAGAUUAAAUGUCUCUGUUUGCCGACAUAUGGAGAAGACUUCUGUCAAACUGACCUGGAGCGGUGUGAACCAGGCUGGGAUAAAUUUCAAGGUUUCUGCUAUCGACACUCUGCCCAGCGUCAGAGCUGGGAGGUUGCAGAGCAGCACUGUCGCAUGAUGGGAGCUCACCUGGUGUCCAUCAUGAACCCUGAGGAGCAGGAUUACAUCAACAGUAACUACAAGGAAUACCAAUGGACUGGUCUGAAUGAUAAAAUGAUUGAGGAUGAUUUCCGAUGGUCUGACGGAAACCCACUGCUGUAUGAGAACUGGUACAGAGGACAGCCAGACAGCUACUUUCUCUCCGGAGAGGACUGUGUGGUGAUGGUGUGGCACGAUAAUGGGCGCUGGAGUGAUGUACCCUGUAACUACCACCUUGCAUAUACCUGCAAAAAAGGCACCUCCUCCUGUGGUCCACCACCAAAAGUAAGAAACGCUUCCAUAUUCGGCAAACCUCGACAGCGAUAUGAGACCAAUGCAGUUGUACGUUAUCAUUGUGCAGAAGGUUUCCAGCAAAGACUAAACCCUCUGAUCAGAUGUCAGUCUGGAGGUCGCUGGGAGAGACCCCAGAUCCUGUGCAUCCCUGAGGCUGAAGCUUCAAUGCAAUUUCCAGAUGAAACGUCACAGACUGACAGCAACUUUGCAGCAGCUGAAAAUAUGUUUGAGGCCACAGAGGAGACACCACUUUACAAGGACAUCAAGUUUUAAAAGAUAACUGUGCUCUUCUUGUAUUGUUUUUAUAAAAUCUUGUUACUGCAAAAUGACAAGAUAUAAAGAAUUUGAAAAAAACAUAAAGCAGAAAGACAAACUGAAGUUUCCUUUCAGGUAAUAAGAACAUGACUGAGUGCACAUACAUAGAUAAACAUUCCUAUUUGGUAUUCAUUGUUAUAUAAAUGUUAAAGUGAUUACAAGACAAUAUCUUCUAACCUGCAAAUAUUUACUGGAUAAACUCCAAAUCACAGCAUCAGCUAUAUAUUGUUGCAAUUGACAGUUCAUCUUAUGAAUUUUGUUAAAUCAAGAGCCUUUCAACAAAAUGGUGCUAAAGUCUUGAAAACACUUUGAACACAUGUUUUUGUUUGUUUUUUCUAUUGUGACAUUUUCCUGUAGUGUAAAAAAAAAGAGGAAAAAAAAAGAAACUCCAAAGUGAACCUUACGGAAAUGACCAACAGAUGCUGUGUAUAUGUUGGUUUACACACCUGAGAUCAUUGUCCAUAUUUUCCUUAGACAAAUAUUUGAUGUCAAGCAGACACAGUUUUGUUCGAUGGCUUUAUGUUGUAAUAAAGUUUUGUAGAACAGAGCAAAGAAUAAACCAAUCUCUUAAGACACCCUUA